UGGAGUCCAUGAAGUCCUGGGUUUCUUCUAUGAUUGGGAUAAGGUACCAGGGCUGGGGUGAGGGUAGAAGACAAAUUGAUGCGAAAGAAUUGGCUUUUUGUGAUGUGGCCGUCAUAGAUCAGUUCAUAUUGGCCAGACAGAGGGCUUCCAUUUGAGUCCAAUCUUCCCAAUCCCUCUUCCCUUCUCAAGGAUGCACCUCUACACCUGCAGCUUCCAGACUCCAGGGGAAUUUCAGCUCCAUAUUCAUCUCUUUGCUGAGUGCUUGCCCUGUGAGACUUCCUCAUUGUUCAACACCACCGAAAUGGCAAGGCCCUAUGGUGAGGGACAAGCCAGGGACAUAAUGUCGUGGAGGUAGUACUGGGCUGGCUGUUCAAGAUCCCCUAGGUUUUAAGACUCCACCAACUGGAUAAUACUGGACAAAUUACUUAAUCCCUCCUGAAGCUGAGCUGCUUCAUUCAUUUAUAAAAUGGUGACAAUCAUACUUUAAAGUACAUAUCUUCCCAGGUUUUGUGUGUUUGCUAGAAAUGCCCAAAGAGAAGGCUGUUGGGAUGGGAACAGCUCUCUUCUUCCAUAGCAAACAACUUGAACUUUGCACUUAGGGAGCACUAACUUCUCCAGCUUCUUGGAAGUAUCUGAAGAUCAAUGCCUCUGAUUUCCCUUUGGAGCCUGGUUCCCAUGAAGUUGAACUAGAUGUCUCCCAUAUAAGUCAAAGAAGGAUUUCUGUGUUAAGAUCUCAUGAGGUUUAGAUAGCAUUAUGCUUUUAAUUCCCUGGAGGAGCACACUUAAGGGGUGUGAGUGAGGGGAGAAGAUGGGAAAAGGGAAAAGGUUUCAAUAAUUUCAUAGGAAGAAAAGCAGAAGAAAGUGCCUACUUUACACCAUUUCCCCAGUCCCCUUUACUCCACUCCUAUUUGAGAGAGGCUGAGUGCUCAGAGGCUUGCCCAUAUAACUUCUGAGGAUAUGUAUCUUUUAUCCCUUUCUUCCUCUGGAUCACCGAGAAGUCUCCAUGAACCAAGGAGUUCAGUCACUAGAGUGAUCUUGGGAGCCACCCCCACCCGCCCUUGAGGCCAAGGGAGUCCCUAGUAAGAUCUGUGAUUUCAGGGGCUGGGCAAGCAAAUAAGGCCGGCUCUUAUUCAUCUCAGAUACCCACCCCUUCUCCCCUUCGAGGAGGAACCUAGAAUACUUCAGAGCAGGCAGGUGGAGCUAGUGCUCUGUAGUAUGGCCCUUUUGCGGUCUCCAAAGCCGUUUGCAUUUCCUGAAACCGGAUCUCCUGGGUGUCAGAGCAGCCUCCGGGUCCCAGGCUUCUCGGCCAUGGCCCUGCGGAAGGAACUGCUCAAAUCCAUCUGGUAUGCCUUCACAGCCCUGGAUGUGGAGAAGAGCGGCAAAGUCUCUAAGUCCCAGCUCAAGGUCUUGUCCCACAACUUGUACACGGUGCUGCACAUUCCUCAUGACCCUGUGGCCCUGGAGGAGCACUUUCGGGAUGAUGAUGAUGGCCCAGUCUCCAGCCAGGGUUACAUGCCCUAUCUCAACAAGUACAUCCUGGACAAGGUGGAAGAGGGGGCUUUUGUCAAGGAGCAUUUUGACGAGUUGUGCUGGACUCUGACGGCUAAGAAGAACUAUCAGCCCAACCGAAACGGGAAUAGCACGUUGUCCAAUCAGGAUGCCUUCCGACUCUGGUGUCUCUUCAACUUCCUGUCUGAGGACAAGUAUCCCCUCGUCAUGGUGCCUGAUGAGGUAGAAUACCUACUGAAGAAGGUCCACAGUAGCAUGAGCCUGGAGCUGGGAUUUGGGGAGUUAGAAGAACUGCUGACUCAGGAGGUCCAGUCUCCAGGUGGGCUGAGUGUCUGGCAGUUUCUGGAACUCAUCAACUCAGGCCGUUGCCUGCGGGGUGUGGCCCAAGACACACUCAGCAUGGCUAUCCAUGAGGUCUACCAGGAGCUCAUCCAAGAUGUGCUUAAGCAGGGCUACCUAUGGAAGAGGGGGCAUCUGAGGCGCAACUGGGCAGAACGGUGGUUCCAGCUAUUACCAGGCAGCCUGUGUUACUACGGGAGUGAGGAGUGCAAAGAAAAAAGGGGUACUAUUCUCCUAGACCCCCAGUGCUGUGUAGAGGUGCUACCUGACCGGGAUGGAAAGCGCUGCAUGUUCUGUGUGAAGACAGCAUCACGCACAUAUGAGAUGAGUGCUUCAGACACCCGUCAGCGCCAGGAGUGGACAGCAGCAAUUCAGACGGCCAUCCGGCUGCAGGCUGAGGGAAAGACCUCUCUUCACAAGGACCUGAAACAGAAACGCAGGGAACAGCGGGAACAGCGGGAGCGGCGCCGGCUGGCCAAGGAGGAGGAGAUGCUUCGGCUUCAGCAGCUGCAAGAGGAGAAGGAGAGGAAGCUGCAGGAGCUGGAGCUGCUGCAGGAGGCCCAGAGGCAGGCGGAACGAUUGCUGCAGGAGGAGGAGGAGCGGAGGCGCUGCCAGCACCAGGAGCUUCAAGAGGCUCUGGAGGAGCAGCUGCGAGAGGCUGAGCAGGCACGAGCUUCCAUGCAGGCAGAAAUGGAGAUGAAGGAAGAAGAGGCUAUUAGGCAGCGACAGCGAAUCUCUGAGCUGGAGGAGAUGCAGCAGAGGCUACAGGAGGCUCUACAACUAGAGGUGAAGGCUCGUCGGGAUGAGGAGUCCAUGCGCUAUGCCCAGACCAGGCUUUUGGAGGAGGAGGAAGAGAAGCUGAGGCAACUGAUGCAGCUGAAGGAGGAGCAGGAGCGUUAUAUCGAGCAGGCGCAACAGGAGAAGCAAGAGUUGCAGCAGGAGAUGGAGAUCCAGAGUCGCUCUCUGCAGCAGGCCCAGCAGCAGCUGGAGCAGGUGCGGCAGAACCGCCAGCGGGCUGAUGAGGAUGUGGAGGCGGCCCAGCGGAAGCUUCAUCAGGCCAGCACCAAUGUCAAGCACUGGAAUGUUCAGAUGAGCAGACUCAUGCAUCCGAUCCGGCCUGGAGACAAGCGUCCUCCAACCAGCAGUUCCUUCUCUGGCUUCCAGCCUUCACUGCUGGCCCGGCGAGACUCUUCUCUGAAACGUCUGUCCCGCCGGGCAUCCCGGGACAGUGAGAUAACCAACAGUUGUGAGGCACGAGAGUCCCUGAAUAAAGAGGGUAAAUCCUCCACCCUUGACCCCACCUCUCAAGAAGAGAAGCUCAAUUUGGAACCAACCAACUAACCUCCCCAAAGACCUUCAGCCAUGAUUUUCACAGCUGGACUGUGGGUGAAACCAGCCAUCUGCUAGAAGAAAUCAUUUAGCCCAGGAUAUCCAGGGGUUCCAUACCCUCAAAUUCUGUACCAGUCCACAAUUGAGUCAGGUACACCUCUUCCAUGUGACUUUUAACCUCAGACAAUUGAGAAUCCUCAGGUUACUGAUCUUUGACUUGGCCCUAAGAGUCUGCCAAUGAAAUCUGAGACAGAGGGAGGAGAGGGGAAACCAGGGAGCCAGGAGCUCUCUGCGCCCUCCUAUACACUUUCUUCAUUCCUCCAAACUGCCAAUACAAUGGAUUUGUUAAUGUGUACAAUUCUAAAUAAAACUCUUAAAAUUCAUAGACGAUGUGGGAUUUAUCCUUUUUUGGUACCCCAAUCUUUGCUUAUCUCUCGAUUACUUAGUAAGUAUGU